CAUAGCUGUAAAUGUGUAUGUCACAAGUAUGGAAAUAAUGACCAGUGUAGAUUUCUUUUUCUGCAUGAAAUUGUUGAGCAGUCUUACUAUGAUGCAGACAGCAAGUCAGUUGUGUUGAAGUGUCGCGAUGGUACAGUCAACUUUUUCAAUCCUUACAUACUCAUGUACUGUAGGCACAAUCAUGAUUUAAAAUGUAUACUGUCUGGAAGAGCAGCGAAAGCGGCCAUGUUCUACAUUACCGACUACAUCACCAAAUCAGACCUCAAGACUCACGAGAUGUUGUCGUUGUUGUCAUGUGUCGUAGUGCAGAUGUCCUCCCGUCCGCAACAGUCAGAGGUUGAAGGAGCCAAACAACUGCUACACAGGUGCCUGUCGCAGUAUGUGAAGCAGCAGCAAAUACAUGUGCAGCAGGCCGCACACUAUCUCCGAGGCUUCAGUGACAACAUACCUUCACAC